AUGUCUCAUAUUUUGUCCCCUGCUUCUCCUUUUAAAUUGGCUCUUAUCCAACUGGGUAAUGUCGGUGCUGACAAAGCCAAGAAUUUGGUACACACCCAUAAAAAGAUUCUCGAGGCUGCUAGCAAUGGUGCUCAAGUCGUCGUUUUACCUGAAUGUUUCAAUUCACCUUAUGGAACAAACUUUUUUCCACAGUAUGCCGAGCCCUUGAAUGGAGAAUCCGUCGCCAUGUUAUCUGCAGCAGCCAAGGAAGCUAACGUGUACCUUAUUGGCGGUUCCAUCCCAGAAAAAGAAGAAUCGAGUGGAAAUAUCUACAAUACUUUGACUGCUUAUGACCCUACAGGAAAGAUGAUUGCCAAACAUCGUAAAGUUCAUCUUUUCGAUAUUGAUGUUCCUGGAAAGAUCAGAUUCAAGGAGAGUGAUACUUUGACAGCAGGAGAUUGGUUAACAUGCGUCGAUACAAAAUAUGGUAAGAUUGGUGUUGGAAUUUGUUAUGACAUGCGCUUUCCCGAAAUGGCUACUAUUGCUGCUCGUAAGGGAUGUCUGGCCAUGAUCUAUCCUGGUGCUUUUAAUCUGACCACUGGCCCUCUUCAUUGGGAACUUUUACAGCGUGCUAGGGCUGUUGAUAAUCAAAUGUACGUCGCAGCAUGCUCCCCUGCUCGUGAUCUUUCUGCAGAUUACCAUGCCUGGGGCCAUUCUACUGUAGUAGACCCAAAGGGCGUUGUUGUUGCUACGACUGAGGAGAAGGAGGACAUUGUUUAUGCCGAUAUUGACCCUGAGCAAGUUAAGGAAGUUCGAACGAACAUUCCUCUUUACAACCAACGAAGAUUUGAUAUUUACGACGAUGUAAGCGAUUCUGUUCAAGAACACGCUGAUGGCACAUCUACUAAGAAGAAUUAA